GAUAUCUGAGCGACUACACCCUGUACUGCCGGGACUCUCUGCAGCUCAAACUCAUAUUAGAGAAGGGGGCGUGCGGUACUUCAAAUAUACGGUUACGGCAAGCCGAUACCGUAUCAGACUGUCAGUCCCGACUUUUAAAAAAAAAUCGUGUGCACGUUGGAAAUCGGGGGUCAAAUAUGUCGUGGCAGAGCUACGUGGAUAACCUGAUGUCGGAUGGCAGCUGCCAGGACUCCGCCAUUGUUGGGUACAACUCAGAUGCCAAAUACGUAUGGGCAGCGCAGGAGGGGGGGACGUUCGUAAACAUCACGCCCACAGAAAUCGACAUCCUAGUAGGAAAAGACCGAGAAAGUUUCUUCACCAACGGCAUGACCUUAGGUUCAAAGAAAUGCUCAGUUAUUCGAGACAGUCUUCUAAUCGACAAUGACUGGACAAUGGACAUAAGAACAAAGAGCCAAGGAGGAGAAGCCACAUACAACAUUACUGUCGGCAAAGCAGCCAAAGCGUUGGUUAUAGUCAUGGGCAAGGAAGGUAUCCAUGGAGGGCAGCUCAACCAGAAAGCGUUUCACAUGGCUGAAUACCUGAGGAAAGCUGGAUAUUAGGACACCUCCCACCCCUAGCAGCUCAUUUUCCCAUUGCUCACUACUUUAGAUGACAUUUGCUUUGUCAUCCAUUUUCUUUUGCACAUUUCCUGUUGUUCUACCCCAAAGUCAUCCUUUCGCUAUUUGUUCAUAACCCUAUCCCCUUUACUCUGUUCUGUUUUUGGUUCCCGGUUUGGCACUACUGUUAUGACACUAGAUGUAUUUUUGACCAAGGGCUUGAGUAAAAACUCAUUCCUACUUCCUAGACCUACUCUGGGAAAAGGUCAACCCAACGCAUAUCUUUGAGACUACAAAGUGGACAGUAGUCGGGGGUAGAUGCUUUACAUAUUUUGAAGUCUGUGCAGGAUUGACAUUCAAUUCCGUGCAAUGAAACAUUGAAAAUUUUUAAAAUAGAAUUUCCAGUAGACGAAGACUUGAAACCAAACUUCAUUGACUGGACUGCAUGUGUGUCCCGCACAGCCUCAUUGCCUAAGGUUCAUUGCUUUAACAUCCAAUGUUACAACCACCAUACAUCCCACAACAGAAACACUACCUGGAUAACACUACAAUUCCUCCAUUAUUUAUCAACUGAUGCAUCUUAAGAAUCUUUCCUCAUUUCACUGACAACUUAAAGAUCUGGUUGGGCGGCUUCAGGAGGUUUUGCACUCAGUUCGGCUGUCAGUUAAAGUGCAAUGAUAUGAAGCGGUAGCAUUUCCUCACAUGAGUUCAUUACUACAUCCAUCUCUCAUUUAAAUCUCCAUUGACAUUCCAUCAUUGGCGUAGCUCCAGCACUUAACUUUUUCUCUCAUGUAAUAUACAAUUUUUUAUUUUCAAAACUGCCAUUUAAAAAAAAUAUAUAUAGUUUGAAAUUUUCAUCUGACCAAUUUAUGUUGCCUCUGAACACUAGCGUAGCAUCGGACGUCAAGCUCGCAAAUAAGACUCGAGCUGUCUCGUUUUGUCCGCUUUUACUGUUAACACUUGAAUUGAUGAAUUUUUUCAUCCCAUGCUAUGUCCCGAUGGAAACGCAUUCAAGUUGUCAGCUGUCUAUUAAAAUGAUCUGAAUGUCUGUCACAAAUGUCCAAAUGAUAGCAUUAGUGUAUGACACUCAAAUCAUAAGAGAAAAUGUGUUUUCUGUGCCAUAACGUAAUGAAGAACAUGUUGCUAUUGUUAGGAUGAAUAUAAACAACUUCCAAGUAAACAAUUCAUCGCCACUUUGUUCUGUGGGAUAUUUGUACAGAUUCCAAACCUCUGACUUUAUUUCGUUUCUUUUCCUUAUUCUAUGUUCAUAUAUCUUGGAUACCGUCUGAUGUAUGAUUUCAUAUGCAUAAACCAAGAAAUGCCAUAAAGGAAUUUUAACACCUUGUUUACAGGUUAAAUAAAUUUAUUCCAAUCAAAACAAAUUGUCAG